UGACGGGACGCGGUCGUGGUCAGUUGAUAAGUUUGCUUGUUUGUGUUUCUCGUGAGAAAUUUGAUUCUAUUUUCAAUAUCAAUUGGCAUAGAAAAACGUCCAAUAAAAUGCAAUUCGAAAACAAUAUCAUACACAGACCGGAAACAUCCAAUUUGUACUGUGAGCAACCGUCCCUAGCUCAUUUGAUAAUUAAAAACCUAACGAGUGCUGGCGAUAAAACGUUGAUCGUUUGCGGUAUAACGGGAAAAGAGAUAUCGGCUAGAGAAUUGCUGAGUAAUAGCAUACAGAUAGCUAAAGCACUUACAGUGCACGGCAUUCGACAAGGAGACGUCGUGUCCAUUAUCUCGGAAAAUCGUUUUGAGUUUGUCUAUGCUUUGCUAGGUACGAUUUUUCUGAACUGUACCGUGGCGCCACUUAACCACACAUACAGCCAGAGAGAACUUGAGCACGCAUUGAAUUUAUCGAAACCGAAAUUCGUCUUCACCGGUGGCUCAACCGCUGAGCUCAUUGUGAAUAUUGCGGGUGAAUUGAAUUAUGUGAAAAAAAUUAUUUUAUUUGACGACAAUGGUCUACGACCAACAAACGGCUUGACGGUAAGCCUACAGGAUUUCACAAGCGAACAGUCACUCCGUAAUGUACAAUUCAAACCGUUACCAGUUAAUGUUGCGACCUCAACCUGUGUGAUAAUGUGCAGCAGUGGCACCACAGGACUACCAAAAGGUGUUCAAAUAUCUCAGUCAGGCAUCAUAGUCACAGCCCGUCAAUCGAAAGAGUUUCUCUACGGACCGUCCAAUGUCGGAGAUGCUGAUAUAGUCAUCCUUGGCCUGCUUCCAAUGUUUCACGUAUUUGGUGCGGCUGUUCUGAUUUGCACCAUUGUAACGUUGAGCGGAAAGAUUAUUAUGUUGCCGAAAUUCGAGGAGGUAACAUUUCUCGGAUGCAUCGAAAAGUAUCGGUGCUCAGUUGCGUUUCUCGUUCCACCACUGAUGGUAUUCCUGGCCAAGAAUUCUCUGGUCGACAAAUACGAUCUGAGCAGCUUAAGAUUCAUAAUGAGCGGAGCGGCUCCACUUUCAAAAGAACUGGAACAGUCCGUUAAAGAUCGAUUACAAAUUCCCAAUUUGGUUAUCAAACAAGGCUACGGAAUGACUGAACUAACCGUUAGUGUGCUAUCACAGAAAGAUUUUGUGAAAUCGGGCAGUGUGGGUGAUAUAAAUUCGGGCGCAUAUGUAAAGGUGUGUGAUGAUGCUGGUAACGCUCUCGGACCGAAUCAGGUCGGCGAACUUUGCUUCAAAGGCAGCACAAUGAUGAUUGGCUAUAUUGGUGACAAAGCGGCAACGAGCGCAAUGAUCGACAGUGAUGGUUGGUUACACACUGGAGACGUGGGAUACUACGACAACGACCUUCAAUUCUUCAUUGUCGAUAGAAUAAAAGAAUUGAUCAAAUGCAAAGGUUUUCAAGUGCCUCCAGCCGAAAUCGAGGCAUUACUGUUGACCCAUCCCAAAAUCAAAGAUUGCGGAGUGAUUGGUAAACCGGAUGAAAUGGCAGGUGAACUGCCUUUGGCGUUCAUUGUUAGGAACGACCCCAAUUUGACCAAGACAGAAAUACUGAAAUAUGUUUCUGACAAAGCAUCACCGGCAAAGCGGCUACAUGGUGGCGUUAUAUUUGUUGACGAAAUUCCGAAAAAUCCAUCGGGAAAAAUACUUAGAAGGCAACUACGAGAGCAACUGGCACAGUUGGAAAUGAAGUCAAAACUGUAACGCGAUUUAGGUGAUUGGUUUUCAAAUUAAUUAUUGUUACAACGACCACUGGGAACUUAAAUAUUAUGGGAGUUAAUCUCAACCAUAUAGAAAGUCUACAGUCAACUAAAUACAGAUCUACUAAUGAAACUCAGUAGAUGUGUCUUCGGCCACGGCCGGUAGUAUUAUGAUUUAUUGACGCAUUGUACAUGGUAUAUAUAGGCUGGAUCACAGGCUACUUGAUGCUUGACAAUUCAAUGGCAAACUGUGAUCACCACAGAUACUUCCCCCUUUGAAGAAAUUUUGUUGGUCCAAGUCGAUCGUCUGUGUCACGUGGAUCUGGGACGAGAUUUCACAGCAUGACCGUGAUUGUGUUUACACAGGGAUUUGAUGUGGUGGAUUGGUUGGAGCCAGUGAUGUUCGUGAUUGAGUGAUCUCCGAAGUUGUUUGUUUGUCGAGUUGUGUGUCCAAAACCAUUUGAAUGUUGGUAACCGGUGUAUGACUUGAGGUACUUUGAAAAUUUGAAUCUGUUUCAUAGCGGUAGGAUCCAUAAGAUUACCUAGUAGCUGUGAAGACAGUUGGUUUUUCGAAAUUUUUGUUACUUUGAAAUUUUGUGUCUGAUUAGAUUGGUGACAAUCUAAUAAGAUUUGAUUCGAAAAUUCAUAAUAUCGAAUUUUGGAUCUGUUUAAAUUUGGGUUUAAUUUUGAAACAGAUUAUGUCGAAAAUGGUUAAAUUUUGAACUUUAUUUCGGAUGAAGAUGGAUUUUCUCCGAUGUUGGAAGAUUGGUUAUGUUUCCAAUUCUUAAUAUAACUUUAAAUUUAUUCAGAUUAAGAGAUCGAACAACCUCAUAAUUUGGCGAAAUGACAUUGUCCACGGCUUUACCCGGAAAAGUGACAAGAGGUCAUCCAUUUAACUGCUAUUUUCACAGUUUUUAAUGGGCGAAAUAUGAAGCGUUGUUGUCUUAAGUCUGAUAGAUGGUGUUUGGUGCUUGUCUCAUUCUACGCGGAAUGUUAUUUGAAUAUCUAACAGCACGAAACAUUCCGGAAUAAUUUUAAUUUUUAAAUUUUUAGUCCAAUUGUUAUGGAGCUUUUUUACUGCCAAUUUAAUUUGCAGGAAUACGCACUGCACGAAAUGUACUUAUAUUGGAUGGUUAUAGCUGUCUGUGGUAGCAGACUUUAGGCAGUAUAUUUGUCAUGUACAUUUCGACUGAUAUUAUAUAUGUGACUCAUUGAACGGUUGUAUGUAUCGUUGUACGAUUCUACGAUCAAUGAGUUUUAACCUAUUGGCGCCGGGGCUUAGUGGUUUAAUAUCAGAUUUUGUAAUUCAGGUCAUUCGUGAACUUGAAAUUGUUAUGUGUCAAUUCAAGGGUGUUGAAUUUAUACACGAUGACUUUUUAUUUUUUAUGUUCUGUGAUGGUAAGAACUUGUGAAACUAAUUUACAUGGAAAAUGGAUGUGUUAUCGCACAGUGGAUAACUCAUUGGAUCAAUUUCCAUGUAUCAAGUAUUUUCGAUUACAACUUUAAGAAACAAAAAGUUUCAAUCCUCGACACGCUUCGGUUUUGCUUAAACGGUUCCGUCGUUUAUGAGUUAAUCACGAAAGAUUAUUCUCAAGACGGAUAGGCGUAGAGCUUAAUUUGCGAAACGCUGAGCCGGGUGAUUGGACAAAUUUAGAAUUAGCGAUUGUUGCAAAUCGUUCUAUAAUUGUAAUGAGGGAAUACUUGACUGUUUGAUGUUCGCCAGAAGAAUUUUUGGGAUAUUUUUUCCGAAAAAUUGUUUUUAAUUUUGAAGUGUUGAAUUAUUCGUUAAACUUUUUAAAGUUUGUACGGAAAACGAAAAGACCUUAUCUUCUUCACAUUGAUGCAACGCACCCAUUUUGAGGUGGACAUCCCAAUCGCGUCUUAUCGAGAUUGGUGGAAGUGUCGUUGAUAAGUUUCGAUGUAUCGUUUUACGUGAAUAAUUCUCAGGAAAUGGUUUCCUCUGAUCAAACGAUUUAGUUUCACUAAAGGUUGAUUUGUAAUUUUUAUGAAAUUGGUUGUUUAACCAUAUUUCUAGGCCAAAAAAUUUUAUUUUUGGUUGACUGUAGUUCUUGUAACUAGAUGUUAUAGUUAUGGUAGUUUGUCGACAACAU